CUUACUCAGGCUGUCUUGACGUACGUUGUCCACAACUUUCUGUAAGUCUUUACCGCCAACGUGGACAAUGUCAAUGCGCAAGCUACCUUUACGAGUGCUUUAUACAGUCAACAGCUCUCCUCAAUACAUUCUUGCCCGGUCCCCAUCUUCUGUCCAGGUUACUCUUUGUCCAUCUCCAUCUGUUGCAAAUGCCCAGUACGGUUUGGCCCCGCUUAAAGCAUGCCUCAAUGCUAUCUGCAACUCAAGCCCAGAGCUUCUCCUGGAUAAUUCUAGGGACUUUUCUAUCUAUGUGCUGGACCCAUUGGAGUCCCAAACUAUGCCAGCCCCUGUAAACUUUUCCCAAUCGAACGCGCCGUCUGCUUCAGUGCCCCAAGCAGCCCAACCACGAGGAGUGGCAGUUGCACUAGGGCUGAUGUCGUGGGCGCUUACAGCGGACGAAUCAGACAGCGUGACAGUGACUGGUACAGUCACAACGCUUGGCACGGGCCUUGAUGCCCUCGAAGUGGUCUUUGCUCUCCGAGAGACUAAACACAUCCAGAAAUCCCACCUCUCUGAUGCUCUGAAAUCUUGGAGCCAGCCACCCAAGGCAUUACAUCCCAAUAAAUUAAUUGCAUCUCCCGAACCCACUAAUUCAGAAGCCCCACCCUCGUCACAAGAACGAGGCGAACUUCUUACCAGAUCCGCCGAUUUUCCCGAGGUUUACAUCGGACCUCCUAAGCGCGGUCGGGGCCGCCCUGAGGGGACGAAGAAGAAGUCAAAGCAAUCAAAGUCACAAAAACCUCAUGUGUGGCCAGCAGCACCGCCGUUUAUAUGUGCCCCGCUUGUACGACCACAGCAAGAGCCAGACGUAGCCCCUGAAAAUACGCCCACUUCUUUGCUUACAUUACUAUCUGCCCUGUCUUCUGGGAGAGACAAUACAGCGCUUCUGGCUGCUCUUUCGACGGUAGAUUCGACACCGUCGGGAUCAGAGCCAAGCCCAGCGCUACUAAAUGCAUUAAGGGAUUUACUGGCAGCGCAAGCUCAGAAUCAGCAGCAGCCGUCGCACGCGCUGCAACCUGUCUCGCGGAACAAUCAAGACGAUGAUAUUGUUAUAUUGGAAAAGGAGCACGUGGAUCCAACUGCAUUUCGACGACGGGUAGAAAGGGAAGACUCUAGCAAUUUAGCCACAACCACUGCAGAUGAGUCGGAAACAACCCCUCUGCGCCAGCGUCGUGCCCACAUUCCAUCAGGCGGGAAAGAGAAUACACAUUCAUCCCCAGUGACCCGUAAGCGCAGGCUCAGUGAUUUUAUGGCGGAACAGGAAAAUAAUAAAGCGCGGAUAAAGCGCACACACGCUCGGUCAGAAUCCGAGCGAACAUCGGGCUCCUUUGAAGUGCCUCAACCGACAAUUCCUCCAGGUCAUCACCGCACCGUUCGCUCAGAUUUUGACACAAGUGUAUCGUCUGUAAUGACCACCAGCUCUUCGCUUUUCCGUCCAAGGUCAUCUCCUUCCAGGCCUAUGUGCCGCUCUGUAUUUAAAUCCCGGUCCUCCCUUUCCAUGCCACAUUCAGCACAAGCACCUGUAAAGCCGGUCAAGAAUUUCGUUGUGCCAGAGUGGGCACGUACAAGCACCGCUACCCGGCCAAAGCUCUCGAAGGAGGCUGAAGAACGUAUCGCAUUCAUGGAACUGGAGAAGAAGGAGAGACGCGCUGGACGGCGAACGCAGAAACCAGGAUGUUCGCAACAGGGCGCCAGAGCGCCAGCCGACCUGGCUUCGGAGGAUGGAUACAUCUCUAGUGCGAUGGUACACGCACCUGUCAAAGAGGCGACCAUGCCGCGUCUGCAGAGUGCUUCUUCACACUCCUUGCCUGUCUUUGCAUCUGACGUAUCUAUAUCAUCCCCCCUCUCGCCUUCCUCCCCGGUGUCAGAGACACCUCCGGUGCCCAGCACACCUCCGCGGAAAACAUCAAUUUUGCGUGCUACACCACGAAGCCUUGGAUCUGACGAUGCUUCACCACUGUUCAGCCCAACUCCCAAACUAUUUUGGAGUAGCACUGGAAAGACACCGCUCUUUUCCUCCCAUCCUCGCACACCUUCACGCAUGGGCAAGAAGCCUGUCUUUUCUCCUAUCCACCUCCGCACACCAUCUACGAAGAUAUCCCCCCUACGACUCGGACCCAGACCGCGCUCAUCCAUUGAAUGGGCCAACAAGUCAGUCGAACAACCCGUCGACCGCGAAGAAGAAGACCUGCUCGGCAAAGAACUUGACGAUGCCCUUCAAGGGCUGGAUGUCCCAGCGGUCAAGCAGCAGGACACGACAGAUGCCAUCGAGACUGGCGAAGACAACAUAACAUUGCCUCUAUCUCCCCUUCCUCCUUCUUCCCCACUCCCGCCUACAAGUCCUUUCCUACUCCCUUCCAUGGACGAUCCAAUGGAGGAAUUCGUCGACAGCGACGCUUUUUUCAGCGACUCGGAUGGAGUACUAGGGGACGCAAGCGAGUUCCCGCCGUCUUCAAUCUCGGAUUGGUUUUCCUCGGAUGAUGAUGGUGGAGCGGACAUGGGCGAGUUACUGAACUUAGACGGGUCUUCGGGGGUGGAUUUUGAAGGUUCUUUUUCACCGAAUGCGUUCGCUGAUAUGGACUUUACGGAGUUUUGGGAGUCGCUUAAGCCUCUUCUUCAGGCAAGCACAGGCGGAGAGGGGGAAACAGCUGUCAACACGGACUCUGGAGCCACAAUGGGUGGUGUCGAUAUGGACUCUGGAAAGCUUGCUCAGGAUGUACAGGUACUUUUUAGUGGAUGCCUGAUGUGACAUCAUGGACGCGGACGACAUUAUCAGACGACAGUUCAAGCAGAAACACAUCUACGAAAUUACGCCUUUGGCACGCAAACGCUU